GGAUGGCCACACCUCAAGCAUGUCUGUCAGAUCAACCUGCAGUCAGCUCGCUUGUGCGCUGCCUCCCUCCUGCGUACUGCGCUUUCAGCAACGCUGUAGAGACUUAUGGAGCAGGAGAGCUGGGACUUACCCCCGUCUCUUUAGGAAGAAGUGUACUCCUGUCAAGACGGGGGGAAUCCAGUUCAUCUGAACGCUCAGGUGCAAACCACGAUCUGAGAAGAUCAGACAGCAGAACAACUGUGGAACGUUCAUUUACACCAGAAUAAUCUGUUUAAGAGCUGGGGUGGCCAUGCCGUUCAGCUGUCUCACGUUCGGGGACAAGAAGGAUUACAACAAUCUGGCAGAGGUCACCGACAAAUAUGACCUCGGCCAGAUCGUUAAAUCCGAGGAGUUCUGUGAAAUUUUCCGAGCGAAGGACAGGAACACGUUGAAAAUGUACACCUGCAAAAAAUUCCUGAAGAAAGAUGGAAGGAAAGUCAGGAAGGCGGCCAAGAAUGAAAUCUUCAUCCUGAAGAUGGUGAAGCACCCCAAUAUUCUUCAACUUGUUGACGUCUUUGAGACCAGAAAGGAGUACUUCCUCUUCCUUGAGCUGGCUACAGGCAGAGAGGUCUUUGACUGGAUCCUGGAUCAAGGCUACUACUCCGAGCGGGACACCAGCAAUGUUAUUCGACAAGUGAUGGAAGCUGUGGCUUAUCUGCAUUCGCUCCAUAUUGUUCACAGGAACCUAAAGCUGGAGAACCUGGUGUAUUACAACCGUCUGAAACACUCAAAAAUUGUCAUCAGUGAUUUCCACCUGGCCAAGCUGGAGAAUGGCCUCAUCAAGGAGCCAUGUGGGACCCCUGAGUACCUUGCACCUGAGGUGGUGGGCAGACAGAGGUAUGGCAGGCCAGUGGACUGCUGGGCCCUGGGGGUGAUAAUGUACAUACUGCUGUCCGGAAACCCGCCCUUCUACGACGAGACAGAUGAUGAUGAUUAUGAGAAUCACGACAAGAACCUUUUCCGGAAGAUUCUGGCAGGGGACUAUGAGUUUGACUCUCCAUACUGGGACGAUAUCUCAGACUCAGCGAAAAGUUUAGUAGCUCGUAUGAUGGAGGUGGACCAGGACCAGCGUCUGACUGCUCAGGAGGCGAUCAAUCAUGAAUGGAUCUCUGGAAAUGCUGCCUCUGACAAGAACAUAAAGGAUGGUGUUUGUGCACAAAUCGAGAAAAACUUUGCCAAAGCCAAAUGGAAGAAAGCAGUACGGGUCACGACCAUCAUGAAGAGGCUGCGUGCCCCGGAGCAGAGCGACUCCGCUGGAGCCAGUCCAGCUGCUGCAGCCACCGGGCCUGCUGUGUCUGGCCCAGCGAACCCCCUUCCCACAGCGGAGCCCUCUGGUGACAAGGGAGCCCCCUUGACUCAAGCAGAGGGUUCGGGGGCUGUGGGCGGGGUCAGCGCUGAGCCCUCUGCCGCACCUCAGUCGGCGGACCCCUCGCUGCGGUGUAAUGGCGAAACCCCUGCCGCCCCCCCAUCGACAGCUGUGACCAGCGAUGAGCAAAAUGGUUAAAUGUCAGUCUGACGCAAUGGGAACCCCCCCCCCCCCCCCCCGCCACAAGCCAUCCUGUAUAUUGUAUAUUAGCUGCUGGCAUGGUGACCCUAAGUCUGCUACUUACCUUCACAACAUUAGCAUCUGGUAGAUUUUGUGGCCCAUCUCUCCUGAGCAGCCAAUCAGCCUGGGUUCUGUCUUUCACAGGAAGUCAAUCAUCCCAUAUUCUGUCUUUCCUAAGCAAGUGAUUGAUUUGUGUUAUGUCUUUCCUGAGAGGUCAGUUGGCUUGCAUUCCAUCUGUAAUCAAUUGAUUAACCAGCAUUCCUUUCCUCUUAAAGCGACUGAUCAUCCUGCGGUCCUGUGUCCUGCCUCUCCUUAGAGACUGAUCGACUUGUGCUGUGUCUUUCCUGGGAGUUGGUUGUUCGAUGUGUUCAGAGUGUCCUGCAUUCCCUCUCGCCUGAAACAUUGAUUGGCCUGCAUUUUCACUCCCUCUAGCUCAGGACUCUUCAAAUCCGGCCCUCGAUUCCAGAUCCAGGCCUUGUUUUCAGUUCUCCCAGGCAGGUAGUUUAAUAAAUACUGAUUCUGAUUGGGCACAGAGGUUUCAUACCUGGCUCAUAGAUAAAGGAAGGCUGGAAAAUCAUCAGUGCUCGGCCCAUGAGGACCGUGAUUUGAAUAGCCCUGUUCUAGUUUCAUAAACAUCAUUUUUGCGAGCAGCUGUAAGUAUCAUCUCAUGGAUUCUCUCUUGAUAGUAUCCCUAAUAACUAAAGCAUGACAAGAAGUAAGCAUUCUGGCAGAUUUCAGUAUUUAAUUCUUUUUUUUUGCAAUGUAUGUCCUUUGUUUCGACAUUCUGUGUAAUGGCAUCAGGCUUGGUGACAGUGAUUUGGUAGCUGACCCCUCUUCACCUUCAUCCCUGCUCAGGAACUCACUGUUUGGCUCACAAGUGUAUAUGAUCUGUAAAUAGAACUCUGUGCAAUUAGCCAUACAUUAAAAUUGUUCUGCUGAUUUUUAUCAUGACUGGAGGAUACAGAGACCAUAUUUAUACACAUGCUGAUGUGCAACUUAUAACUUGGACCUUUUCACUUUCUGUACGUCCUAUUUAUCCAUGUAUUUUACAAAGUUCUUUCCCUGAUGAGAGUCCCAGCUCAGCAGUAUUGUAAUCACUGCAGUUCUACUCAGCUAUACUUUUAUUUUUCUUUACGUAAUCACAGCAUUUUGCAAGUGAGCAGGACAUUUUUAGUAAUGAAAUGCCCCCUUCGUUUAUGCUAGAUGUAUUUUGAGUUUUAGAAAAUGCUAAUUUCCACAAUGAUUCUCAUUUGGAUGAUUGCAUUAAAAGGCAUGCAAAUUGCUAACUAGAAAAAAAAACGUAUGUAUUUCUAGCUCUGAAAAAUAAAUGGCGAAUAAUUAAAAUUUAAAGAGUAAUGUAAUACUCAAUGACAUACUGUUGGAAUAACAGUAGAUGUACAUAUCAGUGACUAAAUUUCUGCCAAGGUAAGCUGGGCUCAGUGCAUUUUUUAUUUGCACUCUCAUCUUACUCUGAAACUAUCACAUUCUUGUUUUUAAAGCCAUCCUUUGUGUUGCUGUUUUCUAUGUGUAGCUUAUAUUAAAUCAAAAAGAUUUGUUUGCAUUGUUUCACACAGGGAAAUGACCCUGUGAUUAUCAGUAAUAAAAGCCAUUAUUUUUCUCCUGUCAAUACUUUUAUCUUGAAUAAGAUUAAUGCAUCAGUGUUCGAUAACCAUCAACUCCGCUGAACCAUGAAUUCAGCUGCGCUGAUAACAUACAAAUUUUAUGUACAUUUUAUCGUCAUUUUUUGUCUGUUACAGUUCUGAUCAUUAAUUUGAGUGCUAUAAUUAUAGAUACAUGAAUCUACACUACAUUGUAUACCUACAUUGUCAGUAUUUUUCAUUCCUUUCUUUUUAGUGAAUUGAUGAAAUCUUCAGUACACUGUAAACAUGAUACAAACAGCAAUAUUCGGGUUGCUUUUAAAACUGUGACCCUGCUUUCUGUGUGCUUUUAUGAGACAUUUUGUAAGGAUUGACCAUCUGCUACAUUUUCUGUGUAGAAUAUUAUCCUAUUCAGGCCUUGUUACACAUCUGACCUCUGCUCCCACCUGCAUCUUGUAUUUUCCCAAAAUGCAUUUCACCAGCAAUCCACCUGUAAUCAAGAAGCUGUAACUUUAAAAUUAGUGUGUCUGCUGAUCAGACGCACACGCUGUGCUAUGCUCUCAGUACAAGUGUUUAAUUGAUUACUUCUCCAUGCUUCUGUCCUAUUUUGUUCGGUUUUGUUUGAUUAAUUUUGUUCUAUAAUCCGCUUAUCUGCUUGUGGUUACAGGCUGAUACAUCAGAGGAUUUUUUUUUACUGUAGGAACAAGUAAUUCAUCCUGCUGGUAGUCAGUGACUUUUUAAUCAAAGAUGUUCAAACAUGUCCGUUCUGGUGCACUUCUGUGUUUCUGAUGUAUGUUACUAUCAAUGGAGCUGAUUACAAAUGUACAGAAUAUUGAGCUACUUCAUUAAGUUCGGGUAAUGCUAAUAUUUUAUUCGGAACAAACCUUAAUAGAGUUUGUUUGAGAAGCUAAUCGUUGCUAGAAGAAGGCUCAACAUGAACUUCAGCUUCACCACGGUAUUCAGUAUUAACGGUCUGUUUAUUUUGUCCAGCAUUCUCCAUCAUAUCCCUGAAUUUUACUCUCACAGGGAUGUGAAGGAUGCACACAUCCUGCCUCAUGUUUGUAGCCUCUGUAUUCUUUCAUUGACUUUAUGAAUUUAAUGGUAAUAAAAGUUUCUUCAUGGAACGUCAAA